AUGGCAGAAGUAGAGAAAAAGGUGUAUCCAGACUCCACGUACAAGUGGCCUACUCCCUUCGUCAACUUUAUUAAUGCCAGCGCAUACCCUAAAUGGGAGCCUGUUGACACAAAAGCAAAGACCGUCCAGGUGUUUAAGUUCUCCUUCUACUCCACCGUCGGCGCUUACGCCUGGUUGUACUUGUGGAAGAGAACCACCUUCAAGAUCGGCUUGCCAUUGGCUGUGUCUGGAUUUGCCACUGUGGCCACUGCCACCAAGGGUAUGAUCACCAACUUGAGAGAGAAAAACGAUGGCUGGAACACCUUCUGGGCCGUUGCAGCAGGUAACUUGGCCUGUUUGACAAUCGGCUUCAAGCACAUGCCUGUCAAGCACAAGGUGUUGGCCGGUGUUUCUGGUGCUGUGUUGACGGCUGCUAUUGAGCAGUUCACGUGGGCUCAGUCUCCAAGUUUUGCUAGCAGAGAUGUGAAAUUCGCUGCUGCCAACACAGGCGACGAGUUGCCACAGCAGCAGUUCUGGGAUGUGUGGAAGAGAAGACCAUUGUCGCAGACCGUGGAGGCUUUGGGAGAGGGAAGAGGUAUUUUCAAGCAGUAA